AUGGCUAGUGAUUUGCGUGAUUUAAAAAGGCAGGAGAGGCAGUUGUUGGCAACGUUCGAGGGUGCCAGAAAGUUUUUACAGAAAUUCAAAGCAGAGAAACAUAUAGGGCAAGUUGAGAGUCGCCUAGAGCUUCUUGAAACGGCAAUGAAAAAGUUUUACACCGUUCGUAGAAAAAUAGAAUUGCUGGUCGAGGAUGCUGACGAAAAAGAAUCAACUGACUCUAAAGAAGCUGCAGCUGAACGGGCUACGCGGGUGCAGAUGCUUGCUGAAAGGCGUGAGGCCGAAAAUGUCGAGGUAAUGCAAUCUACAGAAGACCUUUAUUGUGAGCUUAAGUCAUCGUUGCAAGCUCUGCUUCCCAAACCGAUCGAGCAGCCAGUGUCGUGUCCUACACCGACCAUAGUACAGGCUGCUCCCGAGACGAUGUCAAGGGUCAAACUCCCCGAGAUACGGCUGCCUAGUUUUAGUGGCAGAACUAGUGAUUGGGUUACAUUUCGAGAUAUGUUCCAAAGCCUGAUUCACAACAAUAAUCAACUCAGUGCGAUGGACAAGUUUUCGUAUCUUCGCUCAUCCCUUGUAGGAGAAUCCCUUCAGGAAAUUGAAUCCAUCGAGAUGACGGUAGCCAACUAUGAAAUCGCAUGGGAUCUGCUAAAGAAGCGCUACGAGAACCGCAAAUUAAUAGUAAAAGCGCAUCUUGAUGCAUUGUUUGCUGUGGAGCCAAUGAAGCGGGAGAGUUACGACGGCUUAAAUCAAGUGAUUAGCGAGUUCGAUAAAAACUUGCAAAUGUUGGAAAAGGUGGGAGAAAAUUCUUCGCAAUGGAGCACUGUUUUGGCACAUAUGAUGUGUUCGAGAUUGGAUCAAAUCACGCUGCGACACUGGGAAUCGCAUCAUAGCUCGAAAGAAGUUCCAAAAUACGACGAGCUAGUUAGUUUUCUUCGGAAUCAUUGCUCCGUCCUUCAAUCAAUUGCUCCGCUGAGACCAGCACAUGCGGAGGUGAAGAAGUCGAAGUUCACCGUUGUUCAUGCGUCAACACAGUCGUUUAAACGAUGCCCAUUUUGUGGCGAGAGCCCGCAUUCCGCUUUCAAGUGCCAGAAAUUUUUGAAGAUGAGAGUUAGUGAACGAUAUGAGAAGGUGAAACGAAGUGGGUUGUGUUUGAAUUGUUUUUCCCCCACGCAUUUGGUUCGAGUGUGCACAAGAGGUGUGUGCCAGCAUUGUCAGACGAAACACCACACGCUUCUGCAUAACGCGCCAUCGUCUGGUCAAAGGUCUGCAACGUCAGCAGCAUCGCAGAAUGAUUCCUCCGUCCCACGAGUCAAAUAUGGUCCCCAGGCAAUGAACACACCGCAAACACAAUCACAAGCCCAGAACCAAACCACACCUACUCAGCACACAAGUCAAUCUACAAGCUCAUACCCUAUUGCCAACACAAAUUCGCAACAUACACCAAACACCACAGAUCAAGUAAUCAAAUCCAACUGCUUCAAUACCAACAUCUUUGCCUCGACAAGGCAAGUUUUACUCUCCACCGCCAUAGUGCGUGUGUCAGACAUGUAUGGAAAUAUCCAGCUAGCCAGGGCAUUAUUGGACUCCUGCUCGGAGUACUGCUUUAUAACCACAAACCUCUCUCAAAAGUUGAAGUUAGUGGAAGGUGCCAGCUACCUGUCUGUAGCAGGUAUUGGUGGUUCUGUAGUCAAAUCUACAAGAAAGGUUGAAGCAACGAUUGCGGCUCGAUCAUUCUCAAUUUCAUCAUACGUGGAAACUGUUCAAUUACAUGUACUUCCAAGGCUCACAUCCAAACUACCCUUGCAUGCAGUGAAUUUGCAGAAUUUGGCGAUUCCGGAUACCAUAACACUCGCAGAUCCUGAAUUUCAUCAACCGGGUCCGAUAGACCUCAUCAUUGGGGCGGAAUACUACUACGAUUUACUGAUGAAUGAGCGGAUGAAGCUUACAGAUGACGGACCCACUCUUCUUUUCGGAUGGGUUGUAUCGGGUCGUAUCCCUGGUAGUAAACUUGAAGUUCCUAGAACCAUUACUCACUCGUGUUCGACACAUGAUCUUCGGGAGCUGCUAGCAAAAUUUUGGGAAGUAGAAUCAUGCAACAUCAAGAGUACGCAUUCAGUAGAAGAAUCGACCUGUGAAGAACUCUAUGAACGCACGACGGUACGUGACAGUGAAGGAAAAUUUGUAGUAACACUUCCCAAGAAGGACUACGUAAUUAGUCAGUUAGGGGAUUCAAAAUCCAUCGCACUGAAAAGGUUCUACGGACUGGAGAGACGAUUCGCUACGAACGAGGAGUUGAGAAUUAUGUACAGUACCUUUAUGAAUGAAUACAUCUCCAUGGGUCAUAUGCAACAAGUACACGAGGAAGCGAGUGACUAUCCCUCGUACUACAUGCCUCAUCAUGCGGUCUUAAAACCCGAUAGCACAACAACUAAGCUGCGGGUUGUAUUCGACGCUUCCUGUCGUACAUCUUCGGGAAUAUCCUUAAACGACGGACUCAUGGUAGGACCCGUUGUGCAGGAAGAUUUACUCUCCAUCAUUCUUCGGUUUCGAUUUCGUCAAUUCGUAUUGGUGGCAGAUGUUGCCAAAAUGUACCGUAUGGUAAAGGUAGUCGAUGCUGAUCAAUCACUUCAGCGCAUACUAUGGAGAAGUUCUCCAACCGAACCUGUCAAGUCCUUCCAAUUAACCACUGUUACAUACGGGACAGCCUCGGCGCCGUAUCUGGCAACCAAAAGCCUUCAAAAGUUGGCAUCUGAAGGAGAAGCCACACACAAAGCUGCAGCGAGAGUAAUCAAAAAGGACUUUUACGUCGAUGAUAUGCUGACAGGUACAGAUGAUUUGGAAGAGGCAAAGGCACUAGCAGCAGAAAUCAUACAGCUCAUGAAUUCAGCAGGCUUCACGUUGAGGAAGUGGAACUCCAACAGCGCAGAACUCCUAUCGACUAUACCACAGAUUCUGAGGGACGAUCGAGCUACUCUCGAACUUGAUUCGUCUACGUCACCCAUAAAAACGUUGGGGCUGAUAUGGCAACCAGCUUCCGACAAUUUUCUAUUUGUUGUUCCUCAGUGGAACCCUGACCCAACAAUCACCAAACGGGUGGUACUGUCGGAUACAGCUCGUAUAUUUGACCCCCUUGGCUUGAUCGGUCCUGUCACAGUUCUGGCUAAAAUUUUCGUGCAGGAUUUGUGGAAGCAUAAGGCCGAUUGGGAUGAUCCGUUACCAGAAGAUCUUCAAACAUUCUGGAAUGAAUACCGCAGGAAUAUCGCAGCUCUCGAAACCCUGACGGUUCCAAGAUGGACAUGCUACACCAACGAUUUGAAAUCGGUAGAGCUACACGGUUUUUGCGACGCUUCGGAGGCAGCCUAUGGGGCUUGUCUAUAUCUGCGGUGUGAGAUGGAAGAUGGCUCAGUCACUGUGCGUUUGAUCACCUCUAAAUCUCGCGUUGCUCCUUUGGAAGACCUCUCUCGCAAAAAGAAAAAACUCUCCAUUCCUCGCUUAGAACUCUCUUCAGCCUUACUUCUUAGUCAUCUAUAUGAAAAACUGCGAAGUAGCAUAGAAUUACCCGCUAACGCCUAUUUCUGGACAGACUCGAUGAUUGUAAAGUGUUGGUUAUCUUCACUGCCGUCCCGGUGGCAGAUAUUUAUAGCGAAUCGUGUAUCAGAAAUACAGCAUCUCACCAAAAAUGGAGUAUGGAGUCACGUUGCUGGUGUUGAGAAUCCAGCGGAUAUCAUUUCGCGAGGAAUGACACCGGUACAGCUUCAAUAUCAAUCUUUGUGGUUCAAUGGUCCGUUGUGGUUGCGUCAAGAUCAUGCUACUUGGCCGAACUCUUCAGAAACACAACUUGAUCUAGAUAAAUCACUGUUAGAGGAGAGAACAUCAGCUCUUCCCGUUCGAGUAAUGACCGCUUGUGAAAUUUUCACGUUACGUUCGUCGCUGCCAGAACUCAUCAGAUUGGUUGGCUGGUUACGUCGCUUCAUGUACAACUCGGCAAAAAGAAAUCGCGAGAACCUACGCACAGGUGACUUGUCCUCGAUUGAAUACAAUGAAGCAGAAAAUGCGCUCGUACGUGUAUCUCAGCAUGAGAGUUUUCCAGAAGAAAUUUCGGCCCUUUCCAAGGGAAAACCACUAAAGCCGCCUUCAAUAAUAUUGUCGACAAACCCCCGCCUGACGGAUGGUAUACUUCGUGUUGGCGGCCGGUUGAGUCACGCACCCGUGUCAGAGACCCGUAGGCAUCCCAUAAUUUUACAUCAUCAACAUCCGCUAACGAAGCUAGUACUUGAGCACUAUCACCGCAAACAUUUUCACGCUGGGCAGCAGUUGUUGAUAGCUACAGUACGCGAGAAAUUUUGGCCCCUUCGUAUUCGCAGUCUCGCUCGCCAGGUAAUUCAUCGCUGUAUCUCCUGUUACCGAAGCAAACCAACGAAUCACGAACAGUUAAUGGCCGAUUUACCAUCGGUACGUGUAACACCUGGAGCAGUAUUUUCGUCGGUUGGACUAGACUUCUGCGGUCCAUUUCAAAUUAAAUACCCAGGUCGUAAAGGAAUUCCAAUCAAAACCUUCGUAUGCAUUUUUGUCUGUCUAGUGACCAAGGCAGUGCACAUGGAAGUUGUGGCAGAUUUAUCUACACAAGCAUUUAUAGCUGCUUUGAAACGAUUCGUUGCGAUUCGUGGGAAGCCCCAUAUCAUCAUGUGCGAUAAUGCUACCAAUUUCAUUGGAGCGAACAGAGAACUCGAAAAAUUACGGUCACAGCUUAGCGAACAGCAGUUCCAGUACACCACUAGCAAGUUUGCUGAAGAGGAAGGAAUUGAUUUCAAGUUCAUCCCGCCUCGCUCCCCCAAUUUUGGAGGACUAUGGGAGGCGGCCGUUAAGUCCUUCAAGACCCAUUUUCGUAAAACCAUCGGAAUCCAAACACUAACGUACGAUGAGCUACACACCGUGGUUCAGCAAAUUUCAGCCAUCCUCAAUUCUAGACCGUUGACACCACUGAGCAAUGAUCCGAACGAUUUUUCGGUGCUAACCCCAGGUCAUUUCCUGAUAGGCAGACCACUCACGGCAAUUCCGGAGCCAGAUUUGCAAGAAAUACCAGAAAAUCGUUUAUCGCACUGGCAACGAACGCAAGCCUUCGUACAGCAGCUGUGGCGAAAAUGGAAAUCACAAUACCUCUCCGAUCUGCACAACAGAACUAAAUGGACUCAAAAACGUGACAACAUUAAGGUUGGAACCAUGGUCCUAGUAAAAGAGGACAAUUCACCUCCUCAGAAGUGGCGGUUGGGAAGAAUAGUCAACAUAUUCUCGGGCCAAGAUGGAAACAUUCGGGUGGUAGCCGUCCGGACUAAAGAUGGUGUCUUCACAAGAGGCAUCUCGAAGAUUUGCAUCCUCCCUAUUCGGGAUAACGAUAUGUCCCACACAGAAGAGCGUUAG